ACCGAGUGCCGAUAUACACUGUCCUUACCGUCCGGGUUUCUUGAACAUUCUUGUAACGUAUUUCCGGGCACCUACUAUGACAUCCUUCAUGAAGCAACACUUCAAGUGGUAUGGGCGUAUCUGUCUGGUUUCUGGAGUCGCAUUUGUUCAAAUUUCUGGAACUAGCAAAGGACCUGGAAGCAAAACGCCGCUGAAGUCACUGUACCUAUUAUAUUCUAUCUUUUGCUUUGGACUGUUCGCUACUAUUCAGGUGUUCUAUAUUUAUCAGGUAUCCCUGGAAGUUUUUGAUAACGUGCAGGAUUUCACGAGAUCCCUUUACGUUCUCUUGUUUAUCGUCCUUACAUUAAAAAUAAUCGUGAACGUGUGUUGUGUUGCCAUAAAGUCACGUUCUCUUUCCGAUUUCUUCAAGUCAUCGACGAAGUACGAGAUUGCCGUGGGAUUCAUCGCGCCGAAGUACUGUGGCCAAUCCACAACUUGUGUCACCGUACGGGUUUUGAUGUCGCUGGCAUUCAUCGCGAACGUAUCAGCGAGCACUUACCUAUCUUUUGAGUUUGUAGACUACCUCAUGUGCAACAGAACGCUCGAUGUGUUCUUAAAGGCAGUCUGCUUCGGCGGCAAUUUCCUGUUCUACGUGUACGAAAUGGUACACUUCAUUCUCCUCCGACCAUGCGCUGAAGUCAUCCGGUUGUACAUUCGGCAUCAGCAUGAUCUUCUGCAGCCUGUAGUUGAUGGUCGCUGCAACGCCCCCUUGGCCAAGCGUUCCAAAGAUAUCGAAAUGAUCAGAAUGAAUCUCUGCUCCAUUGUUGCACUCAAGGACCAGCUCAACGCUAUAUGGGGUUGGUGCAUCAUGGCCUCUGGUGCGGUCGUCCUUUUGGUAUCCUGCAUAUGCAUAUACUCGGUGUUUGUCGAGGAAUUUUCGACUGUGCAACAUCUACUCACGAUCAUGUAUAGCAUUUCUUCAGCCCUGGACUUCGUCGACAUUGCCAAUCUUAGCCAGCAAAUGAUGAACGAGAUGAGAAAAAUACGUCAAACGCUCCAGAGCGCUCCAACUUACUUCGAAAAUGGAGGCUAUUUUAAUCAAAUAUGCCUUCUGAGGGAGUCUAUAAAACCCAAGGAGAUGGCCUUGUCCGGGGCAGGGUUUUUCACGUUUCAUUUGCCACUGGUUGUGUCGCUUUCAGGUGCAGUCAUCACAUACACUGUCAUCCUUGUGCAAACCAGCCAGAGUGUAAAAACUACCUGAACAUGGCGGGGUCAACAUUACACUGUGAAGCAAUUCGACACCAACGGGGAAGCUGCUGAAAUAUACGAGAACUUUCGUUGCAUCGAACAGAUGACGAAUGCACCCUGUUAACCUUAUCGUAAGCGCUUAUGGGGCAUCAAUAAGACUGGUGUCCAAAUCGCAACAGUGUUCUUGCUGUUAAUAGGUAUGUGGAAUAAAGUCAAUUAUGUCA